UUCACUGCAAAAGACAUGGACAAGGUGAUGAGAUUGGCCUCGGAGAGUGGAGUGGUGCUGUUCAGCAAGAGCUCAUGUUGCCAGUGUUAUACGGUCAGGAUUCUGUUCCAAGACCUUGGGGUGACCCCGACGGUUAACGAGAUCGACCAAGACCCUGAAGGCCGGGAAAUGGAGAGAGCCCUGAUGAGGUUGGGGUGCAACACGCUGGUUCCGAUGAUCUUCAUCGGGGGAAAGCUGCUGGGAUCCACAAAUGAAGUCAUGUCCCUCCACUUAAGUGGAGGGCUGAUCCCUUUGCUGAGGCCGUAUCAAGCUUUGUAUUGAACUAUAAUACAAAUCAAAAUACUCUUUCUAAUUAUGACAUUGAAAGAAAUAAAUUGACUAAAAAAUCAGUAGUCUCUCUGGUCAGCUGUACGUAU